GACUCAUGCGCAGUGAGCGGCGUGCGGCGAUUCUGGGUGACGUCACGGGCCGGGCGUGACGUGCCGGUGGCGCGGGCCGCUGGGAGCUGGCCGGCAUCUGCGCUCGCCCCCCCGUCCCCUCCCCCCUCCCACUACGGGUCGCGGCUGGGGGCGUCCCGGCGGCGGGGACGCGGCUCCCCCCUCCCCCGCCCUCGCCCCGGCGCUUCGAUCCAAGAUGGCGGCGCUGAGCAGCGGCAGCAGCGCGGAGGGGGCCUCGCUCUUCAACGGGGACAUGGAGCCCGAGCCGCCGCCCCCCGCCCUCAGCGCCUGCUACGCGGCGGGCAGCGGCGACCCAGCCAUCCCGGAGGAGGUGUGGAAUAUCAAACAGAUGAUUAAAUUAACACAAGAACAUAUAGAGGCACUGUUAGACAAAUUUGGAGGAGAGCAUAACCCACCAUCGAUAUAUUUAGAGGCCUAUGAAGAGUACACCAGCAAACUAGAUGCUCUACAGCAGAGAGAACAGCAGUUACUGGAGUCCAUGGGGAACGGAACAGAUUUCUCUGUCUCCAGUUCAGCUUCAACAGACACAGUUGCAUCAUCUUCCUCCUCUAGCCUCUCUGUAGCACCUUCAUCCCUUUCAGUUUAUCAAAACCCUGCUGAUAUGUCACGGAAUAACCCUAAGUCUCCACAGAAGCCUAUUGUUAGAGUCUUCCUGCCCAACAAGCAAAGGACUGUGGUUCCAGCAAGAUGUGGAGUGACAGUCCGUGAUAGCCUAAAGAAAGCUCUGAUGAUGAGAGGUCUUAUUCCAGAAUGCUGUGCUGUUUACAGAAUACAAGAUGGAGAGAAGAAGCCAAUUGGCUGGGACACUGACAUUUCCUGGCUCACGGGAGAGGAGUUGCAUGUGGAAGUCUUGGAGAAUGUACCACUCACAACACACAAUUUUGUACGAAAAACAUUCUUCACGUUAGCUUUCUGCGACUUUUGUCGAAAGCUGCUUUUCCAGGGAUUCCGGUGCCAGACAUGUGGCUACAAAUUUCACCAGCGCUGUAGUACAGAAGUGCCACUGAUGUGUGUUAAUUAUGACCAACUUGAUUUGCUGUUUGUCUCCAAGUUCUUUGAACAUCACCCCAUACCGCAGGAAGAGGCCUCCUUAGGAGAGACCACCCCAGCAUCUGGAUCGUACCCCUCAGUGCCCCCCUCAGAUUCUGUUGGACCACCAAUUCUCCCUAGUCCUUCUCCUUCAAAAUCCAUUCCAAUCCCACAGCCCCUCCGACCAGCAGAUGAAGAUCAUCGGAAUCAAUUUGGGCAACGCGACCGAUCCUCUUCAGCUCCCAAUGUUCACAUCAAUACAAUCGAGCCAGUCAAUAUUGAUGACUUGAUUAGAGACCAGGGUUUACGAGGAGAGGGAGGUUCAACUGCAGGUUUGUCUGCAACACCUCCAGCCUCUUUGCCUGGGUCACUCACCAAUGUGAAAGCGUUACAGAAAUCACCAGGACCCCAACGGGAAAGGAAAUCAUCCUCAUCCUCAGAAGACAGAAAUAGAAUGAAAACCCUUGGUCGACGGGAUUCGAGUGAUGACUGGGAGAUACCAGAUGGACAGAUCACAGUUGGACAAAGAAUAGGAUCUGGAUCAUUUGGAACAGUCUACAAAGGAAAGUGGCAUGGUGAUGUGGCAGUGAAAAUGUUGAAUGUUACGGCACCCACACCUCAACAGUUACAGGCUUUCAAAAAUGAAGUAGGAGUGCUCAGGAAAACACGACAUGUGAAUAUCCUGCUUUUCAUGGGUUAUUCAACAAAACCCCAGCUGGCUAUUGUUACACAAUGGUGUGAGGGGUCCAGUUUAUAUCACCAUCUACACAUCAUUGAGACCAAAUUUGAAAUGAUCAAACUAAUUGAUAUUGCACGACAGACUGCACAAGGCAUGGAUUAUUUGCAUGCCAAGUCAAUCAUCCACAGAGACCUCAAGAGUAAUAAUAUUUUUCUUCAUGAAGACCUCACAGUAAAAAUAGGUGAUUUUGGUCUAGCUACAGUGAAAUCGCGAUGGAGUGGAUCCCAUCAGUUUGAACAGUUGUCUGGAUCUAUUCUAUGGAUGGCACCAGAAGUUAUUAGGAUGCAAGAUAAAAACCCGUAUAGUUUUCAGUCGGAUGUAUAUGCGUUUGGGAUUGUUCUUUACGAACUGAUGACUGGGCAGUUACCGUACUCAAACAUCAACAACAGGGACCAGAUAAUUUUUAUGGUGGGACGAGGAUACCUAUCUCCAGACCUCAGCAAAGUACGGAGCAACUGUCCAAAAGCUAUGAAGAGACUAAUGGCCGAAUGCUUAAAAAAGAAGAGAGAUGAGAGACCCCUUUUUCCACAGAUUCUUGCCUCCAUUGAGCUUCUGGCCCGGUCAUUGCCAAAAAUUCACCGCAGUGCAUCUGAGCCCUCAUUAAACCGGGCUGGCUUCCAGACAGAGGAUUUUAGUCUAUAUGCUUGUGCUUCUCCAAAAACACCCAUCCAAGCAGGGGGAUACGGAGAAUUUGCAGCGUUCAAGUAGCCACAGCACCAUGGCAGCACCCACUCUGUUACUUAAGUCUUGUGUUCCUACAGUUUCUUAACAUCAAAACUCUAUUCUGCUCCGCAAAAACCUAAAGUAAUUUAGAAAAAGAUAUCCAUAAGCUUAAAAGUGGAGCAGAAUGAAACUGCCAGUCCAACACAAUGGGAAAAAGUACCUUUUUUGGGAACCAGAAUCCUCUGCUGCCAGUGUUUCUCCUUCAACACAAACCACCGCGUGCAUUCGGAGACCCGCAGUGGCUGCCUGUGCCGUUGGCAUCAUUCCCAGGAGAGAGGAGAGGGCGCUCGUGGUUUGACUGUGGUGCUCGGGCAUGAGGGGACGGAACUGCUGCUGCAACUUAGGAGACUUGCUUUGGAUGGUCUGCCGGUGGGCUUUCUCCUUCUAACAACGUGCCAUCAGAGGCUGAAUCUCUGAUGAGUGCUAAUUUAAAAGAAUCAUCCUCUGUUCUCAUCUUUUUUCUUUUUUUUUUUUUUUUUUUUUUUCCUCCUGGUGUACUCACUGAUUUAUGGACAAUGCAGUAUCCCCUUUUCACUCUAAGACAAUGUCAAACACCUAAAUUUGUCUCUAUUAUUGGGUUUUAUUCCAGAAAAAUUAAAACGAUGGGGUGAUGGUAGCUUGAGAUGUUACUCUAAAGGCAAAGAGCUUAAUCUGAAGGAAAAGGGGAUGUUGCUGCACCUUUUUUCAGAUUUACUUUAUCUUCAAAAAGCAAACAACAACCACCAACCUUAACCUUUUCCAGUAUUUUCUUGGUGUGUGCAUAUAAAACAUCUUUUAGAAGGAUUAGGUAUAUCCUUCUUUUGUUGGUCCAGCAACAAACUGAAGUUUAAAAAAAAAAAUGUAGCAAGAUUGUCCUCUCUUUUAUUUUUUUUUUCUUUUGUAUCAUAUGAUACAAUGUAUUUAUCAAAGAUGCUACCACAGCAUCUGAAGUCUGUAGAAUUCCUGAUACAGACUGUGAAUGGUGUAUGUACCUACUUUAAAAGUUUUAUUUUAAACGAGGGUGCAGGUUAAUGCCAGGUACCUUACCAAUAUGUAAUGUUUUCAUAAAUGGGGAAAAAAGUUCUCAGGUUGAAUUGAAUACAAAUACAAAACCCCCUAGAAUUAGACAUUCCGAAAAUUAUGUUUUGGUACUUUCAAGAGCUUUUUUUAAAGGAUUUUUAUCCUGUUAACUAAACGUCCUCUGAUAAGUGUGUGUGUAAAUGUGGAACAUCUUGUCCCAGGGGCAAGUUGUUAGAUGAAAACAAAACGGUACUUGCUGGAUCCACGCUGACUACUUCUCCUCUCAUUGCUUUCCUCCCUGUCAUCUCUUCCCUUCCGUUGGUCUUUCCCUUUUCGUACGCUUUGCAAACUGGGAUGAAGGUGGCGGUAUCUCCAUUAGAGUGCUUUGUUUUCCUGUCCUCCAAUCCUGGUUUUCAAAUGGUUGGUAGCUUUUUGACAAGUUACC